CCUUACUUUAAAAAGUGCUCAGUUUUACAUAUUUUGUUUUGCGCCGUGUUUUCGUACAUUAAGGUACAUUUCACAGUGGUGUCAUUCAUUGUAUGAGAAUGGCCAGUGAACAUGCGGAAAAAUAGUGCAACGAGCACUGACUGCCAGUAGUAAUGUCCACUACAAACUCCCCACUAAUACUGAUAUUUAGUGGUAAACGCAAAUCAGGCAAGGAUUAUGUAACCGACUUGAUUCAUAAAGGGUUGGGUGAUGAUACAUGCUGCAUCCUGCGUCUGUCUGGGCCCCUGAAAGAACAGUAUGCAAAAGAGCAUGGGCUGGACUUCGGCGAGUUGCUGGGAGCGGGCCAGUAUAAGGAGCGAUACAGAGCCGACAUGAUCCAGUGGGGAGAGAGGAUGAGGGAGCAGGAUCCCGGAUUCUUCUGCCGGCUGGCCAUCAGACAGGCAAAACAGCCUGUGUGGAUCAUCAGUGAUGCGCGGCGCAUGUCGGACCUGCAGUGGUUCUGGAGGGAGUUUCCUCAGCAGUGUCGCUGUGUGCGUGUGGAGGCUUCGGAGCAGAUCAGAUUGCAGAGGGGAUGGAAGUUCACUCCAGGUAUUGACGAUGCCGAGUCAGAGUGUGGUCUCGAUCAGGGAGUUAAGUUUGACUGGAUAAUUAACAACAAUGGAGAAGCUGAACUUUUGGAAGAACAGCUGAAAGAACUAUUUGUGCUAGCGAAGGAAAAAUCUGCACACAAUAAUGGACAGCAAAGAAGUAUUAACAGUUAACAAUCAUUAAUGUUAACAAAAUGGUAAAGCUCAAGAAUGUGUGGUUAAUCAUUGUAAAUACCCUAAAACAUGUAUUUUUACUAACAGAAAAUGCAGUAAAAUUUAUUUUGAUAAUUGAUUUACUCAAGUUGUAUUAUGCACACAAAACUUUGUAAUUUCAGCUUCCUUAUAUUGCCCCCAUUUAUCGCAGCCAGAUGGUCAUGGAGACAGUGAAUUGCCUUUGUGUCUUAAAACUGUUUUUGCUGUAAAUUAGUAGUACAACUCGGUUUCAAUGCUUCAAAGAGCAUGUACAAUACAAGAAAGCAGCUGUUGGACCAAGAAUACUAGAACAAUGACGUUACGGCAUUCCAUGUUGCUAAUUUACAAGUGACUGAUGGAACUACAGUUGGAGGGAGGGAUGAGGAAUAUGUGGUCCAAAUAAAAUGACAACCAGGGCUUCAAAGUCCCUCUUCAAAGCGCUUCAAAGUCUCUCUUGACAACUUCAGUCCACCUUUGAGCCAGAGAACCUGUAAUUACAGAAGAGUCCACUAGGUGUCCACUCAGCCACCAGAUCCGGGCUCUUUCUGUGGGAUCUAUUUGCGAUAACCUUAAAACCUGCUAUUACACAGAGGGACCUUGUGGAAUCCAUUACAAGGACAAGGAGCCAGUUAUACUAUUCUACGGAACAGGAGCUGCAGUUAACUUUGAGCAAAAUGGGUUAAGGUGACAUCAGACUGGCUUUGUCAUGUCAGUUUGUUGAGGUUAGGUUGAGGUUUCUAUGACGUCAAAAGUCCAAACAUGAAGCCUUAAGACAACUUAACACAAUAGAACAAGACUACAGUGGAAAGUCAAAUUCAAUCAUGGUCCUUUAUUUUAAAAAAAAAAAAAAAAAAAAAAUCUUAUGUCCAUCCAUGUUUUGCAUCAUGAUUGUUACAAUGAAAUACUGAUAACACUUAUUAUCAAUACUUGAUAACAAAAUGUUUACAUCUUGAAACCCCAGGAUAAGUUCCAGUUAAAACAUUACUGAUAAACUUUAUUUAUUUCUCAUUUAAUUCAUCUUAAAGGUUUGCAGUUCUGUUGACUUGCAAAUACACACACACAAAAAACAAGAGUGGCAUCAUGAGAUGUUUGAGUCGCCCUCCAAGUUUGUUCAUCUCCCCGUUCCCUCCAAGGUGGCCUCACGGCUUCCAUUUUGGCAGUGGAAUGUGAUUUGCUGAUCACCCCCUUCUUAUCUCCCACCCUCAAGUGAUUUCACCAAAAUAAAGAGAAACAUAAAAAAAAUAAUAAUAAAAAAAAAAAAAUCGAACAACUGAACCAAUACAGCGGAUGCUGAAGGCUGGUAAACGAAACACUUUACCACUCCUUGAACUCCCCCGAUAGAAUGAUAUAUAUUUUCCAAAUAUUAAGACUACAAUGGAACCAUGCAUAUUCUCCUGAUCUUCUGAGCAGUUCUGGGAAUAUGAUGAAACCGUUCGAUGCUGCUUUGACGCUGCAUAAGUGACCCUUGGUGGGACAUUGCCCAAUACUUAAUAAAAGUUUAAACCCAAACGAGACUUCUCCCUUAUACAAGAAAUGAUAUAUACCACCCCUUAAUGUUCUAUUUUAACACAACAUUUAACUAAAGUAAUACAAUUAUGGUCCCAUUGUAAUUGGCACAGUUAAGAAAAUAUUGGUAAUAAAAUGGUGCUUCUUUAAGUAGGGGUGCAUUAAAUGUUUCUUUUUUUUUUUUUUUUUUUUUUUUUUAAAGGACAACAGGUACAGGAACUUAAAGCAAAAGGAAA